AGUCCAAUGAAGUGGCAACGUGUUCAGCCCAAACGAAAACGAGGUAAACACACGCUCUCGGAUAUGUUCAAUUACUCCAGGCUUUCUACACGCCCUCACUCGCGUCUAUCGUCAGGUCAAGGUGGUAAACUGAUAUAACGCACCACAUUCAUCAUCUUUACGUCCUUCCAAUCUAACCUGCGUCAGAUAAUGGACUCAGACUACAUACAUCACAUCCGCCCCAGGGCAAUUAGCAGUCCUCACCAUCCUAAUUCGCUUCCCCAACACAGGUGUGCCAAAAUAGCUGAGCUACCGGUCUCUCCAUCACCAGCAACCCGAGUACGCUUUCCGCCGCAUGAAGAUCGGAGUUGUCCACAUGAUUAUACCAGCGCUCGUCCUGUCCAAUGGAGACGCAUAAAUCCUCACGCACUGGCAUGCGUCAAGGAGCAGGAGCACUACGUGCAUGGCAGACAUGAAAACCCAACAGAGCAAUGGGUGAACGAUCAGAUCCACUUGGCAAGCCGGCCAAUCCAUGAGCGCCGCUGGAUGAAGCCCACGGAGACAGAGGAAUUUCGACAUAGAAUGCGAGAUGAAUUCCUAUACGAAUAUGAGGUGGAAGCGCAUGGGUGGAUGUCAUAUGAAGAAGAUAUGAGACGAAGAAUGCGGGAGCGCGAAGAGGAGAAGAACCGCCUGAUACAAAACGAAGUUAGACGAAUCCAAGCCCGCGUUCGCCAGCGGAGAGACAGCGAAAGACAUGUUAUUGCUGAAGAGCGAAGACGGGAAGCUGAGAAGGCGAAGGAAAGAGUGAUGAGGGAGCAGGCGAGGCUGGAACGAGCAACAAUGGACGCUUGGAAUGUGUACGAGUUGCGAUGGGUAGCGCUAUCCGCUGCAUAUGACGGAAUCGUUCUAAAAUUCCGUGAUAUCCCGUGGCCACUACUUAUUCCUCCGCUGACUCCAAGUGAAAUCACUGCGGAGGGAAUCGCGGCAUUUAUUUUGUCGACGGCCCAUUCCCAAGAGCAGUCCCCGAAAGAGAGGAUACGCGCUGCUCUCCUCCGCUGGCACCCAGAUCGAUUCUGUAGAGUGCUGGGGAGAGUGCGAGAAUCGGAGAGGAAUGCUGUCGAGGAAGGCGUAGGGAUUGUGGUUCGAUGCCUGAACGAUCUUCUAACGAAGGAUAACAAGGCCUCCCAUAUGGCUAGACGAGGAUCGAGGUUAUGAGUGAACCUAUUGCACGACGCUGGCCGCGGAGUCGCAACUUGGGGUCAGCUCCCAUACCUUGACACAUUCCAACUACACUGUGUACAACAGCAAAGGACGUUCAAGUUCCUGUUAAUAAAGUGUUUCUUCAUAAUAGACUCCAACAUUAAUUUGGAUUUUUUUUUCUGAGGCAAGGUCUGAAGCCAGGAGAUGGCAUUGCAUAAUCAAGG